GUGGAGACGAACAGAUGCUCAGCUGCACUACAUCCACCAUGCCCGGAAUGAUCUGCAAGAACUCAGACCUGGAGUUUGACUCGCUGAAACCCUGCUUCUACCCGGAAGAAGAUGACAUCUACUUUGGUGGUCGCAACUCGACGCCUCCAGGGGAGGACAUCUGGAAGAAGUUUGAACUGUUGCCCACCCCGCGAUUGUCACCUGACAGUGCCUUGGCAGAGCACAGCCUGGAGCCGGUGAACCGGGCCACGGAGAUGCUGCUGCCUGAGGCCGACCUAUGGAGUAACCCGGGCGAGGAGGAGGUUUUCGGCCUGGGAGAUCUCCGCGGCUGCACCAGCAACCCGAUCAUCCUUCAGGACUGCAUGUGGAGCGGCUUCUCCAACGGAGGGAAACCAGAGAGUGUGGUGAGCAAGAAACUGCCAGGGGGCUACGGGUCCCUCGCCGUCGGCGCAGGCACCUUGGCCCCUGGAGCGGCAGCCGCCAGCUCUACUGGCCAAGAGCGCAGUGGGACAGCAGGUGUGGGGCGUGGGAAAGCAGCCUGGCUCACAGAGCUCUCCCACCUGGACUCGGAGUGUGUGGACCCGGCUGUGGUCUUCUCCCAAGCGAGUAAGCGCGAGUCUAUGUCUGUACCCACCAUCCCCGCCAGCACCGGCUCAGCGAUAAGCCUUGGUGACCACCAGGGGCUCAGCAGUUCCCUAGAGGACUUCCUAAGCAACUCAGGUUCUGUGGAGGAAGGCGGAGAGGAAAUCUAUGUGGUCAUGCUGGAGGAGACACAGUUCUCCAAGACUGUCACCAGGCUCCCCACCGCGGCGCAUCGGGAGAACGCAACGCUGAGUCCCGGGUGCGCUCAGUCCAGCGAGGUGAUCCUCAAGCGCUACGACCCCAUUCAGGAGCAACACAACUAUGCCGCGCCACCGUUGCCCAACGUGGACAGGGAGGACACAUGGCCUCAGAAGAAGCCCAGGAGCCACGCUUCGCUAGCCCUCAAAUGCGUACUCCGGCCAAAGGCUCCGAGGUUGGGAUCCCGGAACAACUCAGACUGGGAGAACAUUGAGCGUCGCCGCAACCACAACAGGAUGGAGCGCCAACGCCGUGACAUUAUGCGCUCCAGCUUCCUGAACCUCAGGGAACUUGUGCCUGAGCUGGCGCACAAUGAGAAGGCCGCUAAGGCGGUCAUCCUGAAAAAAGCCACUGAGUACAUCCACACUCUGCGGGCUGAUGAGUCCAAGCUCCUGGUGGAAAGGAAGAAACUGUAUGAAAGACAACAGCAGUUGCUACAGAAAAUCAAACAAGCUGCUGUGUGCUAAAUAUUUCUUAAAUGGACAGUCACUGUUACUUUGCACAUGUUAACUUGAAAAAAAAAAAGCUAUUGUGUUGACAUUAAGAAUGGUUUGCCUUCAUAUU